CACCUUGUUAGAGAGGUUUAAGCGAAAGAACCAUGUUUUCGGGUAGUUUUGAAGCGUGUGGCAAUAUUAUCCCAGUUUCGUACGUACAGCAAGCUCAGAAUGCAAGAAAAAGUCGGGAAAAUCAAAUCAGAAUUUUCCUGGAGCACAGAAAAUGGCCAUCAGAGGGCUGGGAUGAUACUAGCAUUGAACUUCUGUUGCAGGAACUAUCAAUUAUGGACAGUAACAACUUCCCAGGAAAUGCUGGUGCGGGAGAGAGGGAAGGAAGAGUAAUUUCAUCCUUAGUGUCAAGAAGACAUUUUAGGCUAAGCCAUGGUAUUGGCAGGUCAGGUGACAUAGCAGCCGUCCAGCCCAAGGCUGCUGGUUCUUCUCUUCUAAUGAAACUCACCAACUGCAUGGCUCUGGAUGUUAUCAAACUAGCAGGUGUUAGGUCAGCAAAAGCUUGUCUGGUAUUACCAGUGGCAACAGGGAUGAGCAUGGUAAUGACAUUGCUAACAUUGAAACAACAGCGACCUGGUGCCAAGUUUGUAAUUUGGCCACGAAUUGACCAGAAGUCUUGUUUUAAGUGCAUCCUUACUGCAGGGUUUGAACCAGUUAUUGUGGAGAAUGUUUUGGAAGGAGAUGAACUGCGAACAGAUCUUGCAGCAGUGGAAAAGCAAAUUAAAGAUUUAGGAACAGAAAAUGUGCUCUGUGUUUUCACCACAACUAGCUGUUUUGCUCCGAGGAUCCCAGACAGAUUGGAAGAAGUUGCAAAGCUGUGCAAGGAACAGAAUGUGCCUCACAUUGUGAAUAAUGCAUAUGGAGUGCAGUCGUCAAAAUGCAUGCAUCUCAUUCAGCAGGCAGCAAGGAUUGGCCGUGUUGAUGCCUUUAUUCAAAGUACAGAUAAGAACUUUCUAGUUCCUGUUGGUGGAGCCAUUGUGGCAGGAUUUGAUGAGAACUUCAUUGAUGCAGUCAGUAAAACAUACCCUGGACGGGCAUCAGCUACUCCAUCUAUAGAUCUCUUUAUUACUCUCCUGUCUCUUGGGUCUGUUGGAUAUCAGCAGUUACUUCGACAAAGAAAGGAAGUGUACAAUUACUUAUCUGAAGGCUUAUCAAAGGUAGCGGAAUCACAUGGAGAACGACUUCUUGUCACCAAAGGCAACCCCAUAUCUCUUGCCAUUUCCCUGGAAAGAGUUACGAAGGCUCUGGAAUUGAACGCAGCCGGAGUUACUCAACUUGGCUCCAUGCUUUUUACAAGAUGCGUAUCUGGAGCAAGGGUGGUUCCUCCCGGAAGCACUAAAGAGAUCAACGGGUACGUUUUCACUGGCUGGGGUGCGCAUGCCAAAAACUACCGCUGUGCAUAUCUUACUGCAGCCGCGGCGAUUGGGAUGACAAAAGCGGAAGUAGACACGUUUUUAAAGCGACUUGACAAGUGCCUGUCUAGAUUUACCUCAAAAAGCACUUCGAUUGAUGAAUUGUCGAGCCACUGUGAAAAUUGCGAGGAAAAGGAAGCCGAAGUUGAAAAUAAGGACAAUUUAACGGUGAACAGAUAGUUAUGAAUUUGGUUUUAGAUUUAGGUUUGUGAACUAUGAACUAUUUCAGUUAGAAGAAUUUUGUAUGAAAUAUUUUCAAUUCGUGUUACACCACUGUAACUUUUCUGGAUGUUUUGUAACACUGUUCGAUGCAGCGUCGUGAAAUAAAACUGAACUGAUCGCAUCGGUCAAUCAAAA